AUGGCCAUGGCCGCCGCCGCCACUCAUCUACACAGUCUGUCACUAGCGCCACAAAAACCCCAUUUGUUCAUCUGCAAAACCCCGUAUCAAAGACCCCUCUUCUCCCUCUCUAAAACCCUAACCCCAAUCCCCCCACUCUCUAAAACCCUUGUCACAGCUCUCUCAAACAACCCCAUUUCCACCUUUGUGACGUCCAAUAAUCAUGACCCAGAUGAUGAUUUUGAUGAGAAACCCCGAGAAGAGUGCGGUGUUGUGGGGAUUUAUGGGGACCAAGAAGCCUCAAGACUCUGUUAUUUGGCUUUACAUGCGUUACAACAUCGUGGCCAAGAAGGGGCUGGAAUUGUUACUAAUCAUGACAAUGUCUUGCAUUCUGUUACUGGAGUUGGCCUUGUUUCUGAAGUGUUUGAUCAAUCGAAGCUCGAUCAGCUUCCGGGUGAUUCGGCGAUUGGUCAUGUAAGGUACUCUACUGCUGGUGCUUCUAUGUUGAAAAAUGUACAACCUUUUGUUACUAGAUAUAGAUAUGGUUCUGUUGGUGUUGCGCAUAAUGGUAAUUUGGUUAAUUAUGAAGAACUUAGGAUUAAGCUUGAGGAAAAUGGCUCAAUUUUUACGACUAGUAGUGAUACUGAGGUUGUUUUGCAUUUGAUUGCUAUAAGUAAAGCUAGGCCGUUCUUUUUGAGGAUUGUUGAGGCUUGUGGGAAGCUUGAAGGGGCUUAUUCCAUGGUGUUCUUGACUGAGGAGAAGUUAGUUGCGGUUAGGGAUCCUUAUGGGUUUAGGCCUUUGGUUAUGGGUAGGAGGAGUAAUGGGGCUGUUGUGUUUGCUUCUGAGACUUGUGCAUUGGAUUUGAUUGAGGCUAGGUAUGAGAGGGAAGUUGCACCUGGUGAGGUUAUUGUGGUGGAUAAUACGGGAAUUGAGUCUUCGCUUUGUUUAAUGAAACAUGUGGUGCCGAAAGCUUGUAUCUUUGAGCAUAUUUAUUUUGCUUUGCCUAAUUCGGUAGUAUUUGGGAGGUCUGUUUAUGAAUCCCGUAGGAAGUUUGGGGAAAUACUUGCUACUGAGGCACCUGUUGAUUGUGAUGUUGUGAUUGCUGUCCCGGAUUCAGGAGUUGUAGCCGCUCUUGGUUAUGCUACAAAAGCAGGGGUGCCAUUUCAACAAGGGUUGAUCAGGUCGCAUUAUGUUGGAAGAACUUUUAUUGAACCUUCACAAAAGAUUAGGGAUUUCGGGGUCAAGCUUAAGUUGUCUCCGGUUCGAGCAGUUUUGGAGGGAAAGAGGGUGGUUGUUGUUGAUGAUUCAAUUGUAAGGGGGACAACUUCCUCAAAAAUUGUAAGGUUGUUAAAGGAGGCAGGAGCCAAAGAAGUUCACAUGAGGAUCUCAAGCCCACCUAUAAUUGCUUCUUGUUAUUAUGGGGUGGACACGCCUAGUUCCGAGGAGUUGAUAUCCAAUAGAAUGACUGUGGAGGAAAUCAGGGACUUCAUAGGGUCUGAUUCGCUCGCCUUUCUGCCAAUCGACAGCAUGAAAGGAUUCAUGGGAACUGAUUCUAAGAACUUCUGCUAUGCUUGUUUUUCUGGGAAUUACCCUGUGCUGCCCACUGGUAAAGUGAAACGAGUGGGUGACUUCUUGGAUGAUGGACUAAGUGGAAGUAUUGAUUCGUUUGAUGAAGGAUGGAUCCAUGGAACUAAAAAUGAAGUUGGCAAGACUAUAAACUCAGUGAAAGAGGAAGAUGAAGUUGUUGCAUAA